AUGCGCUUGAUCAAGAACAAGGUUGAGCUUAACGGCUCAGGCACAGUCACGCUGUGCCCUGAAGAGCCCGAAGAUAUGUGGCAUGCAUACAACCUAAUUCGACCUGGCGAUCUUCUCCGCGCCAGUGCCAUUCGCCGUGUUACCACGACCCAAGAGACUGGAUCUACAACGUCCGCUCGAGUCCACCUGACGCUCGAGAUCCGAGUCAAAUCUCUAGAUUUCGACCCGCAGCUUUCCCAGCUGCAUGUGAGUGGCCAGAUUGUGAACGAAACGCAACACACCAAGGUUGGCCAGCACCAUACGCUGGAUUUGGAGUUGAAUCGCAACUUCACGCUUGAAAAGGAAAUAGGCUCGGACGGCGAGGGGGUGGGAUGGGAUAGUAUCGCCAUUCAGAUGCUUAAAGAUGCGGUUGAUGACGGCGGGAAACGGAGGGCGGAGGCUGUGGCUGUUGUGAUGCAGGAGGGUCUUGCUCAUAUAUGUUUUAUUGGGCAGUUUCAGACGAUUCUGAAGCAGAAGGUUGAGAUGUCCGUUCCGCGGAAACGACAGGGAGGCAGCGAUCAUGAUAAGAUGGAAUUCAACACUAGCUCUACCUCUCUCACCAGCAACGAGACCGUCCGACCUGUCCUCCUUGCAUCACCUGGUUUCGUUGCCGCCGGGUUCCAGAAGCACAUCCAGUCCGUCGCAGCGACCAGCACACCCGCUCUGAAGCGUCUACUCCCGAAUAUUGUGGUCGUCCACUCCGCCUCCGGGUACUUACAUUCCCUAGCAGAAGUUCUACAGUCACCCUCAGUCAAAACGAUCCUCGCCGAUACGAAGUACGCUCGAGAAACCAAACUCAUGGACGACUUCCAGGACCAACUUCGGAAAGAGACGAACAAGGCAACAUACGGGCCGCGCGAGGUCGAAUCAGCAGUUGACCAAGGCGCUGUGGGCCGUGGUGGCGGCGUGCUAAUCAUCUCCAAUCGCCUGUUCCGGUCCCAGGACGUGGCCGAGCGUAAACGCUGGGUAUCACUGGUUGACCGCGUGCGGGACGUGGAAGGCGGAGAAGUUCGGGUGCUCAGCUCAGACCAUGAGAGUGGGAGGAGAUUGGACGGGCUGGGUGGCAUUGCCGCUCUGUUGACGUUCCCCAUUGUCGAGGAUGAUUACGACUCCCAUGAGGAGCAAAGUUGA